GCCAAAAUUAAAAUAAAAUAAGAACUUGUGAACUUCCUUAUUUUAGCAGAAGCUCUUAGUGUUUUGAAGUUAAUCAGAAAGUACAGAAACAUGAACGGAGCGUCUACAACAGGUGUUUUGAGUCUUUUAAGUCUGCUGGAAGUKAAAACAAGAAGCCGAGGAGGUCAGCCUCAGCAGCUGAGUCGUGUAGAAGAGCUAAAGGCUAAAGUUAAAGAGCUGAGAGCUCAGAGAGAUCAGCUGAAGACAGAGAUACAGAUACAUGAGAGUCUGCAGAAGCUGAGGUCAUCUGAAGACAAAGUGGGUACGGAUGAAGAGGAGGAGGGAGUGGAUAAAGAUGCAGAGAGCUCAGAGCUGUGGAGGUUGAUGGUGAAACACUCUGAACUGACGGAUCACCUGCAUGCUCAUCACGUCAUCGGUGGGUAUGACAUCAUCAAUACCCGCCGGGGUAGGGGAGUGUGUGUGUCUCUGGCGACGGCAUACGAGGGGGUCUAUUUAGACACGUACAACCUGGAAAUAGACCUGAAGCCAAGAGUGAGGGUCAGUCGACACAGCGUCCCCCCCUUCAUCCCCCUGAAUGCCCUCAUCGAGCACAGCGACCUGCAGGUGGACCUGAGGGGCUUCCUGGACUCGCUCAGCCGACACCUGAAUGCRUUUGUUGGUCGCAGGCAGCAGCGGAGGCUUGUGAAGGAGCAGCAGAAGUCUGUGGAAGUGAUGGACAGUAAUGUCCUGUGUUCGGUUCUGGUUCUGAUGUUCAGCCUGCCCACUAAGGGGUCGGCCAUGCUCUGCACUCUGGAGUACGCAGACCACACCAGGUGUCUUCCCACUCAAGUCCACUUYCACUGUGAAGACAGUCAGCUUCCUGAGGCUCCACAGUGGAGGGAAAGCCACAGCUUACUGAUGAAGACUCCUGUUCACAAAGCUUUAACAGCCAUGAAGAAGAUGGGAUUUAUUCUUUAAUUUACUCACAGAAUGGAUUAAAGGAUAGUCUGGUCAUUUUUGAAGUACUGUUCUGUCUGUUAGCUAGCAACAUUUAGCAYAUUAUUAACUGUUACAGCAGUAAGAAAGCACAGAGGUAAAAGUCUUCAUCCACGCUAGGCUAACUGCUAGCCAAACACGGGGCCUGUUUUUAAAUAGUUAUUCAGGUGAUGGAGUAAUAUUGUUGUGACAGAAUUUUGUGCUGUUGAGAGUGCAGUAAAGUGUGGAYGCUUCUGA